AGAAGCAUUAAAAUUCAGUAAGCUAGCGAAUGAGUUACAGAUAAGUCUAUACCCAUUUCUGCUGGCCAAACAAUUUGUAAUUGAACAGGUUAUUUUAGCGUCAAUAUUAAAUAACUAAACGUCAUUAGACCGCUGUUCGCGCGUGGUAUUCCCCCAUACAGUGUUUUUGUUUUGUUUUAUUUAUGCAUGUCUUUUGAGAAAAUGUGCAUCUUGUUUAACUAGAAUUAAGAAUAUAAUUAUUUUCUUUGUCACAAAACUUGGGCGUUUCAAAGUGUUGUCGUCAUCGGUGGUAAAUAAUAAAGAUAUUCAUUCACUAACACGUUCUAUAUAGUGUUUUUGAAAUAAGGUAUUUUCAAAAAGAAAGAAUUAUUUCAAAUCAUCAUAAAGCAUCUUGCAACAGGUUUUGAAAAUUUAAUUGAAAAAAUUAUCUCGAAAAAUGGGGUCCAUUAAUUGCAAGGAAUACAAAACCAAUAAGAAAAAUGCGGCGUGUGCGCAGGAGAAUGAUGGUGACACAGGUUCUUAUAAAUUCCGAUCAGAAUCCGACAUGGAGGACAUUAUCGAAAAAGUCGUUUGCAACGAAUCCGAUAUCCAAGAAAAUCAAAUGAAACAGUUGAAUUUCGAUGAGGAUUCAAAAAUUCUUCUUAUAAAACAAAAUGGCAAACUAACAGCUAUUGGCAAUAAAUGUUCUCACUAUGGAGCUCCCUUGCAUACAGGAAGUCUUGGAGACGGUCGUGUUCGUUGCCCCUGGCAUGGUGCAUGCUUUAACACCGAAACAGGUGAUAUUGAAGAUUUUCCCGGUCUAGAUUCAAUACCCUGCUAUAAGGUUAAAGUUGAAAAAGAUGGACAAGUUAAGGUUCAGGCUAAAAAAAGUGCCUUGGAUAAGAAUAAACGUAUCAAGGAUAUGGUUAAGCGAGAUGAAAAUAAUGAUAAGACAUUUAUUGUCGUCGGAGGAGGACCAUCGGCUGGAGUGUGUGUGGAAACACUUCGUCAGGAAGGCUUUACUGGGCGCAUAGUUAUGAUAUGCAAGGAGAACACACAGCCAUAUGAUCGAGUUAAAGUUAGCAAAACUCUCGAUACCGACGUUUCCAAGAUGCAAUUCCGUAAUAUGGACUUUUAUAAUGAAUAUUCUAUUGAACUGAUGUUAGGAGUUGAGGCUACAAAAUUAGACGCAAAUGCAAAAAUUGUUACAUGCUCAAACGGAUAUGCGAUCAAGUUCGAUAAAAUUUAUAUCGCAACUGGAUCGCAGGCUGUUAAGGUUCCAAUUCCUGGAUACGAAUUGGAGAACAUAUUCACAGUUAGAGACCAUGCAGAUGCUGUUGCAAUAAACCCUCUGAUUUCAAAAGAUCUGGAUGUGGUAUGUUUGGGCUCAAGUUUCAUUGCUCUCGAAGCUGCUGCAGCAUUGGUGAAAAAAGUUAAAAGUGUCACACUCAUUGGUCGAGAUAAUGUCCCGCUAAAACCUAGCUUUGGAGACGAGAUUGGUGAAAGGGUCUUGCAGCUUUUUAAAGAUAACAAUGUUAAUAUGAUCAUGAAUAGCGGUGUUAAACAGAUCUUGGGCACAAACGGCAAAGUAUCCGAAGUAGAAUUGAUAGAUGGCACAAAAAUUCCAUGUGGAAUGUGUAUCAUGGGCGUUGGAUCCCGCUGUUAUACAGAUUUCCUUAAAGACUCUGGGAUCGCCAUUAAUCCUAAUGGAUCAAUUGAUACUGAUAUUCAUUUGAAGACAAAUAUCGAUGAUAUAUAUGUCGGUGGUGAUAUCGCCAAUGCACCAGUUUAUACAAUUGGUAAUGAACGUGCUACAAUUGGACAUUACCAGUUGGCUCAAUACCAUGGCCGAAUUGCAGCCAUGAAUAUGGCAGGAAAGGCAGAAGAACUCCAAGCCGUUCCAUACUUUUGGACCAUGUUGUUUGGCAAAAGCUUCCGAUAUUCCGGAUAUGGAAAAGCAGCUAGUAUUAAAAUUGUUGGCAGCGUUCAAGACCUCAAAUUUGUUGCAUUUUAUUUGGAUGAGCAAAAUAAUGUAAUAUCAACGGCUUCAUGCAAUCGUGAUCCUGUUGUAUCACAAUACGCAGAUCUUGUGGCAAUGGGUAAAAAAUUACACAAAGAUGAUUUGGAGGUGGAAGAUCCGUUUGCAUGGACGCAAAGUUUAAUGAAAACUGAUGCCAGAGUUUGCUGAGUUAGGUUUGCCUCCAAGUGUGAGAUAUUUACUUGAACCGAUCCAUAAAAGCUUUUUUUGAAAUAAGAAUCAUGAUGCCUCUGUAUAUUUAAUGUCUGUUGUAUAUUGUAAAUAUUAUUUGAUGUUCCAUUAAAUUAAUUAGUUUUUUUCUUA